CACUUGACCACACUGAUGCUAGCUGUCCACUCAGACUUUUACCUCCUAUGGUCUGUCCGUCCUGACUCUGACAUUCUCUGCUCACGUGAUUCGCCUGGAUGCCCCUGUGCUGGCGUUGGCAUGACUGGGCAAAGCCUCCUCUUCCUCACCACCCUGGCCCUGGGGCUCGUUGGGGUGGCCUGGGGGGCCCAGCCGGCCCUGCUGGGCCGGGGGGCAGCAGCGGCAGCUUGUCGUCUGGAUGACAACGAGAGCGAAUCUUGGGGGGCCCUGCUGAGUGCAGAGCGGCUGGAUGCCUGGAUUUGCUCCCUCCUUGGCUCACUUAUGGUGGGGCUCAGCGGGGUCUUUCCUCUGCUGGUCAUUCCCCUGGAGAUGGGCGCUGCCCUCCGCUCUGAAGCUGGAUCCCACCGCCUGAAGCAGCUGCUGAGUUUUGCCCUGGGAGGGCUCCUGGGGAAUGUGUUUCUGCACCUGCUGCCAGAGGCCUGGGCCUACACCUGUAGUGCCGCCACCGGUGGGGGAGGGCAGAGCCUUCAGCAGCAACAGCUCCUGGGACUUUGGGUCAUUGCUGGCUUCCUGACCUUCCUGGGGCUGGAGAAGAUGUUCUUAGACAGCAGAGAGAAGGAUUGCCCCAGCCAGGCCCCCAUCAAAGACCCAGCUGCUGCCGUGCGCAAUGGAGGCCGCUGCCUGGCCCUGCCGGCUGCAGUAGCAGGCCUGAGCGUUGAGGUCCAGAAAAUCAAAAUCAGUGGCUAUCUCAAUCUGCUGGCAAACACCAUUGACAACUUCACCCAUGGGCUAGCUGUAGCUGCCAGCUUUCUAGUGAGCAAGAAGAUCGGGCUUCUGACGACCAUGGCCAUCCUCCUCCAUGAGAUCCCUCAUGAGGUAGGUGACUUUGCGAUCCUGCUCCGGGCCGGCUUUGACCGAUGGAGUGCAGCCAAGCUGCAGCUCUGGACGGCGCUGGGGGGCAUCCUGGGGGCCUGCUUUGCCAUCUGUGCCCAGUCACCCAAGGGAGCAGGGGAGACCAUUGCCUGGAUCCUCCCUUUCACCUCAGGGGGCUUUCUCUACAUUGCUCUGGUCAAUGUUCUGCCGGACCUCUUGGAGGAAGAGAACCCUUGGAAUUCCUUACAGCAGGUGCUGUUGCUGUUCACGGGCAUUGUGAUGAUGGUGCUCUUCUCGCUCCUGGCUGAGUGACAUCCCUGUGGUUACCCUCAGCCCCUCCAGCAAUAAGAGACUCCUUUUAGUCCUGUGACCUCGUGUGUGUGUGUGUGUGUGUGUGUGUGUGUGUGUGUGUGUGAGUUGUCUGGGUGUGCAGAUUGUCCGAGCCUGGUGCUUCUGUCCCUCUGGUCCCCACUCUGGCGGCCAGCUGUCAUGCUGGUUUCUGGGAAAUAAGCUUUGAGGAGCAGCAUCAGCGGCUGUGUGUGUGCGAGGGUGUGUGGGUGUGUGUGAAGGGCCUUAGGGAGGGGACAUAGAGAGGACAGCCAGGACCUAGAGUUCCAGAGGUGAACUCAGGACUGGGGAAAGUGGGAGGAGGGGCCCUGGACUCUGCCAGGAUGCCAGGGCCCAAGUGAUGAGGGGAGCUGUCCUGGCUUCUUCCUCCCCCUUGGGCUCCUCAUCUUCAAGCUGCCCUGUUCCCCAAGCAGAGGGAGAAGGGAGACCCAAUGAUCCAAUACCCACGGGAAGGUACGAAGUCAGUGAUGGUCUCAGUCCCCGCCCAUCCCUCCCUGACCCCUCUGCUCCGCCUGGGAGCCGAGGAGCACGUGGGACGGACGGUCCUGGGGGCAGCUGGGGCCUUGCUGGGCUCCUGCCUCUACUGCUCAGCUGGAGGCCCCGCUCUGCUCGGGGACUCUCCCCUCCUGCUACCAAAGGAAGUAUUUACUCAGCACCAAGUGCUGGAGAGAGAGCCGGUCCCCACCCGGCUCCCCAGCUCCUCCCCCCGCUGGGGACCGGGACCUUCUAGUAGCUUCAUUAGGAGGGCGGGGAGGAUGCCGGGAAGAUGUGCUCAGUACCCAGGAAUGUACUUGCUGCCCCCACAGGGGCCAGGAGCCUGGGCCAGAGGCCCUGCUUCAGGCUUAGGUCUGGAGCCUUGUCGCCCCCUAGAGGACAAUCGAAGAAGUGGCUGCAGAGACGUCUUCUGUUUGGUUUUACAACAGAAAUCUGUAAAAUUACCUAUUCCAUAGAUAAGAUGCAAAUAAAUCUUAUUUUAUCCUGAAA